CUCUCACCCCAUCCUUUCAAGGUCGGCUGGUCCCUAUAUCCCAAAAAGAGGAGAUCCUUCGACUUCGAGAAGAAGAAAACGACAUCACUUCCUUGGAAAGCCAACCUUUGGGAGCUGGUUCUGGCUUUGCAGUAGCAUUCUGUGACCUCAGUAGCUGCCGGUAGAUUAACUCCGCUCUCACAAGCUACUAGCAUCAGCAUUCGCCAUGGCGAGCAGGACAGACCCUAGCCAUACCAACUUCACGGUAUUCAUUCGCUUGCCAUUCCCAAGGGGAGAUUUUGUUGAUCCGCCGCCCGUGGAAUGGAACGCGGUGAAAGAUCAGGCACUCUGGGAUAUUCUGUCCCGGCCAUCCAAGGGAGACGAUAUUGACUGGAAAGCCCUGGCAGAACACUUUGAUGUCACUUUACAAUUUUUACUCCAACAGGCUGCAUGGUUAUAUGAUAGGCAGCUUUCCCAGGUCCGAGCGCAAAUGCGGAGGGUACCCCCAGUCCAAUCGAGCUCGCCCUCGCCAGCACCCGGCUCCGUGUCAGGCAGUACAGCCUUGAGCGGACAGCCACAAAAAGGAGUUGCUGCUGGUGGAUCGCGAGCCCCUUCCCGACUCGUCUCCUACCAAAAGGAAAUUCCUCAACAGACACCCGGUGGUCGCCGCAGAAGCUCUACAUCCACGACUACCGUCAACCAAGUUCGCCACUCCCGGGACUCCUCCCGCAAUGAAACUCCCAUGGAAGGCAGAGAACAGCGCUGGGAGAACUUUGUACGACGACCAUCCAUUACAAGACGAGAACAGCCCCCGACAACAUCUUUCCUGCGGUCUCCAACUCUCGCAGAAGAGGACCUCAGCUCCAGCUCCACAGAAUCCGACUCGGAAGCAGAGUCUAGCCGGAGGGCACCUCGAUUCCGGAAUUUCGGUAAAUUCUCCACUCAGCGCCUUGGAAUGCAGGAAGACGCAGAUGAGGAUGAAGAAUAUACGCCUUCAUUUCUGCCCUUAUCUCGAGAGAAUGAUCAGACUCCCCGAGAUCGACCCGGCGAAGAGCUAAGCGCAACUCUACGCCUCAAUGCAGAACGAGCGGCGGCAGCGCGGCGACAAAUGGCCGAGCGGGUCGGCCAUCGACACCCUGUGGCUACAGAGUCAUCCGCAAGCUCUAUGAGCUCCGGUGCCCCAGCGAGCCUGACCAACAGUGAUAGUCGGCGCCUCGGUCAGCCCGCUUCUGCGUUGAGUCCCCAUCGCGCCGGGGAAGCCCCUCGCCAAAGCCCUCGCAAGUCGACUACAUCUGGACGAGAGGCCAGUGAUGGUACACCAAGCAUGGGAAGUAGUUUCAGUGACCUGGAUGACGCAAGCGUUACACAGUCUGCCUUGGAGGAGGCUCUUAUGAGCAAUAUGCAGCAUGGAGGGAUGGCUAGUCGCAUGAGUACGAUUAGCCAGGCUUUGCGUAGUCGUUACUUGCAGUGAAACGUCGCCUGUGCAGCUCCUGAUAGUAGUUGGGAGUGGCGUCACAGGGGCUCACUGGUUGUUGUACAUUUGCCAAUUCCUCUAUUAUCUUGAGCUCUCGGGACAAAUCAAAUCUUAUGGGUGUCUCCAAUGACAAUCUAGUAUAUAGAGCCCCGAGGCAUGUAAUUGUUCCUUAGACCAGCCCCAACGGCCAUAUUUCAAGACUACGUCCCGGACGUUGCAGUUUACACUCACAUAUCACCUUCAUCACCUCUGCCCUUCAAAACAUUUCCCACUCCCGCUUCCUUGCCUAAUCUCCGUCUGUCCGAAAGAGUGCUGCGAUGUACUCGGUACUGUACCUCCCCCGGCGAAAGCCACGUGACCCCAACGGAUGCGGAUGCCUCGGCCUCGGCGGUGCCCACCAGUCACUGCGCCAAUCGACCCGCCCGUUGAGCAAAGCGG